AAGCAAACACCACGGACCGCUUACGCGCAUUUUGAGUUCGGCCUCCCGGAGUGUAUAAACAAUGCACUGUUUUUGAAUAUCUUCUUGUAAAUCAGUGAUUUUUGAAUUAUUGUGGAGUAUUUAUGAUGUGCUUAUGAAAAUUAACCUCUCAUGUUUUACUAUGAUAUUAUGUUACCAUAGAAGAAAUUUGCCAAAUAAAUAAAUAAUGGAUGAACAAAAUGAAGGCAGCGAUAUUAUUCGGCAAAUGGAUACAUAUAACUUUAAUGCGCCUAUCAAAGUUACAAUACUCUUUGAUGAAGCAGAAACUAAUGAAUUUAAUAAAUCAGUUGAAAACAGCAUGGACAAUUGUUUUGAAAAUCCUGCAACGCAAACAUUUCCAACAAAUAACUUAGAAUUGCUAUCAAAAUGUAUAGAUGAUCAUUAUUCCUCAAAUGUCUGUUUUGAUACAAUGAACAAUACAUUUAACGUUGAGUGUGAAACUCAUUACGAAACCGGAACCCUUACAUCUAAAGUUAUGAAUCCACACAUCAAUAAUGUCGCCACUAAUAAUGACAUUAACCACAGAAUACCUAUUUGGUCAAACACAUCAUUUCCUAUUGAAAGCAUUGUACAUAGUCAAGGAAAUAAUAACAAUCACCAACAUUCAAAACAUUCAACAAGAAUGGGUUUAGAAACACAUAAAACAAAUAUAUUGUAUUUAUUAGAUAAAGUAUCCUAUAAUUUGAUAGAAAUUUCAAAAUGCUAUUAUACCGUUUCAAGGGAUAUAUGCGACCAUGCAAGAUACCAAAGAGCUAAGGAAUAUUAUAGAUAUUUUAAACAUAAACUUUUCAAUAAUUCAUACAAUAUACUCAUCUUUUUUAUGUUACCACUAGAAAAUCAUCCAAUAUUCAUGGAGAAGUUUAUAAACAGGACAAUUGCACUUGCCUUUAGCAAGUCUUGGUACAACAUUUCAAAUGAUUAUUUAAUCAAACUAAUUAGAGAAAUACUAGAUUAUACCAAGCUCCGAAAGCAUAUAGAAUCUAAUAGUAAUUAUCAAACAUGGAGACGAUCUUCCACUGCCACAUAUAAAAAAAAUGAAUCUUCAAAAACUACUUCCAAAAAUGUAAUAAAUAGUAAUAUUAAAAAUGAAGACAAUGGUUUUAUUCAUCUUUUGUCGUGUGGUCCUAAGGAUAGGGAAAUAAGAAUAAGUGUUAAGCCAAAUAUUCUUAACCGUACUCAACGUCAUACAGUUACAAGCAAUUGUAUAACAAAAAGGCAAAAAACAGGCAACUCGUUUAAUUCUGAACCACAGAGCACAAGAAACAAAGACAAUAUUUACCAUGAAAUAAGCAGUCGAACUGAAAUUUCAACGCAUUUGCCAAAUAAAAACACUUCAUUUGCACCUCAUGAAACUCUGGCUUAUAACAACUUACCUAACAAUGAACGAGAAGUAAUUGAUCUAGACAAUGACAAUGUAAAUCGUGAUAAUCACUUUGCAACAUCAAGAUCAUCAGUGUCGAGAGACAGUGGCUUCAUUAGUCCUAUUAGCACCAUAGAAUAUCCUGUAGAUCAAUUGGGUAAUUCAAGGAACGACGUCGAUCUUUUUACAACUUCCUCAUCGGUAUAUACAACAUCAAUGAAUCGUGAGGGCCUCAUACUACCAGGCGCCUGCAAAGUAUGCGGCUUAGUCACGACUAAGAUGUGCUUAGGAUGUUACCGAGAAUAUUAUUGUAGCUUACAGUGUCAGAAGAAAGAUUGGAACUUUCACAAGCUGAUGUGUCGAAAGUAGUUAUGUUUUCAUGGAUAUUUAGUAAUUAAAACAUAUAAAUAAAAUUCGAUUCCUGAAAUUUA